CAUACUCAGUUUUCCCGAGGAGGCACGGCGGGCCACGGCCCCGCAGGCCCCGCCCCUACCCGGCGUGCGCGGCCCCGCGGCUUCGGCGCGCUCCCGGCGCGCUCGCCAUCUUGGCUCCAGAACGAACUGGAGGCGUGCGCGGCCGGGGCGCGGACCGUGAAAUUCAGACACAACAGCAAGUGGAAUGGAGCACUACCGGAAAGCUGGCUCUGUGGAACUCCCAGCACCUUCUCCGAUGCCCCAGCUACCUCCUGAUACCUUGGAGAUGCGGGUCCGAGAUGGCAGCAAAAUCCGCAACCUACUGGGGCUGGCACUGGGUCGAUUGGAGGGUGGUAGUGCACGGCAUGUGGUAUUCUCAGGUUCUGGCCGGGCUGCAGGGAAGGCAGUCAGCUGUGCUGAGAUUGUCAAGCGGCGUGUACCAGGCCUGCACCAGCUUACCAAGCUGCGCUUCCUGCAGACCGAGGACAGCUGGGUGCCAGUCUCACCUGACACAGGCCUGGAUCCCCUCACAGUGCGCCGCCAUGUACCUGCAGUGUGGGUACUGCUCAGCCGGGACCCCUUGGACCCCAAUGAGUGUGGCUACCAGCCUCCAGGAGCACCUCCUGGCCUGGGCCCCACAUCAAGCUCCAGCUGUGGCCCACGACCCCGAAGAAGGGUUCGAGACACCUGGUCCUGAAGAUCUGCCGAGCAAGCUAUUUUCCAGGCAUGAAUGUGUAGGAUGGCUUUGCCUUCUCUGAAAAGCCUCUUGUAACUGUUGAACAUCCCCAGCAAGAUUUGAAUCCAUGGAAAUGGGCCUCCCUGUCCUUUCUUCCCCUUCUCUCUGGUGUGUGAAAAGGGACUGCUACGAAGAGUUACAGAUGUGCUGUCUCAGCUGGGUUCUGGAUUGCUUAAGAAGGGUUUACUUGGCCUUCUACCUGCUGUGCCUCUGUCCUUUCUUCUGACGGAGAUCCAGGGAGUGGGUUAGGAAAUAAAGGUUCUGUCCAUUUGUCUAA